AUAGACAAAGUUUUCGUACGUGUUCACGGUCGUCGCGAGAUUUUUUCGAUUUGAUUUUUAGAAUCCGUUCAACAAAAGAUCGAAUCCGUUUGGCGAUGAUUGUGAUUUACGAUUAUUAAAAUCGAAUCCGACGCGUAUCUGCGUAAUAACCAACGUUUUUAAUAUAAAACCGUUCAUUCAGUCUGGUUUUUUUAUACUCAGUGGACAUCAACAAACGGAUUAUCUUCCAACAUUCGAGUACUGAGACACCCAAAUAAAUCAUGAUUAAAGUGGACGAAUCGGACCCAAUAGGAGAACUAGAACCUAGUUUUCCUUUCAAAGAUAUUACAAUUCGUAGAGGAGUAGAUAUGAAAGAACACUAUGAACUACAAUCUGAGAUUGGACGGGGGAAGUUUGGUACGGUGUUCAAAUGUCGAGAAAAAGCUACGAGUCUUAUGCUGGCUGCUAAAUUCGUCGGGAUUGUUCAUAAACAGGAUCGGCGAAAUGUGGAAAGAGAAGUAGAAAUAAUGUGUGAACUGCAACAUCCCAGGUUGAUACAACUCUACGACGCAUUUGAAGCAAAUAAUGCAAUGUGCUUCAUUUUAGAACUAGUCGAAGGAGGUGAAUUAUUUGAACGAGUAAUUGGUGAUGAUUUUGUAUUGACCGAAAAAGCUGUAACGAUAUUUAUGCGACAGAUCUGUGAGGGAGUACAAUUUAUUCACUCUAAAAAUAUACUCCAUCUUGACCUCAAGCCGGAAAAUAUAUUGUGCUUAACUAAAACUGGAAAUCGUAUAAAAAUCAUUGAUUUUGGUUUGGCCAGAAAAUUCAAUCCAGAAAAUAAACUUCAAGUAUUAUUUGGCACACCAGAAUUUGUUGCGCCAGAAGUAGUAAACUUCGAUGCUAUCGGAUUCGGAACAGACAUGUGGUCAGUUGGAGUAAUAUGUUAUGUCUUGUUAUCAGGUCUGUCGCCUUUUAUGGGAGAAACCGACGUGGAAACUAUGGCUAAUGUAACAAUUGCUCAAUAUGAUUUUGAUGAUGAAGCAUUCGAUUCCAUAUCUAACGACGCAAAGGAUUUCAUCAAAAAGCUUCUUGUCAAAGAUCACAAGAGCCGUCUGACUGCCACCGAGUGUUUAUCGCACCAAUGGAUGCAAAAGAAAAAACCGAAGAAAAUAUUACGAAAAAGUUCGAGCAAAAAAUUGAUUAAACAAAUCGAAGAGAAAACGACACAGGCGCCGGUGUCGGUGGAGACUACAACAUGCACCGGUCCAGAAGCGUUAUUAUUGCCACUGGAUGCGAGCAAAGAAAAUUUGAAAGAGUUGUGUAGCAAGUCACGUAGCCAAUCGCCGUUGGAGGUUGCUGCUAUAUCGCCGACUUUGGCACAGCUCAGAAUUCUACAAAAGGACAGUAAACAAUCAAAGACGUGCGGGAAUGACGACAACAUGUCAACACCCACCGGAACUGCCUCUGGUGAAUGUAGGAUGAACACAGCCACCAUGACUUCCGGCUUACCACAACACACAGCCACCACAACCUCCGGCAUACCACAACACACAGCCACCACGACUUCCGGUGUACCGCCACACACGGCAGACACAUCUUCUGGAGCUGCCGUCGAUAGAACACCAGCGGUAGAUAUAGUGAAUGGUAAUGUGGACCGACAGCGGACAUCAACGACCACCUGGUCGCAGACUAUUUUCCAGACGAUGACGAACAAUGGAAGCUGUAGUAAUAAUUACCGGCGUGCAUCGGACGUGUCGUACACGUUUUCGAACUUCCGGACGUCAACAGUGGCGGCGACGUCGUCCAAUUUCCUGGGACAGGAGCUACGAGACCUUCAGACCAUGAUGUUGGGAGACCGGUCGGAAACACUGCAGCAAGACAGCAACGCAGGUGGCUCUGGGAGCAGCCUGCACAAGUUACUGCUUAACCGUCAGCACCUGACCGCGGCUGUCGCGGACAGGAAGCCCAAGUUCAAGUUCUCAUCGAUGAACCGCGACGUGCCGGCCGGGUCCCCACCGCCCGUCAGCAACCUGUUGUACUACAUGACCGCGGCUGCGGCGGCGGCGUCGUCGUCGUCGUCGUCGUCAUCGUCGUCAUCCUCGUGUCGGUCCGCGCCUCAUAGCAAACGCGCAUCCCCCGAACACGAGUCGACCUCCGCCAGAGAGAUGUUACUCAAAUUGUUCUACGGCGGCAGCGACACCGUGGCCGAACCCAAUUUGUCCACUUGAUACGCAUCGCCACCCCGCGCAAGUAUAUAUAUCAUGAUAUAUAUAUAUAAAUAUAACACGUACUUGUAUACAUUAUAUAUAUAAUACGCACUUUAAACGUUAA